UGUUCUGUCUCUCAAAUGCUGCUGUGACGGUGUGACAAAGUUUAUUUUAUUUUACAUUAAUUUGCUUACUAUUCACUUCAAGUGCAACGAAAUAUUGAACAUUUUCAACAUUUUUUCACAGUCAAUUCGAUUACCCGAAUGUACCGAAUGGUAAUUACUGAAAGUGAGUGAGAGUGCACGCGCUGUUUUUAAUCAAAUGUUAUUAAAUUGUGUGCGUCAUCUAAAGGUACAUAGAUACCUUUCUCAUGCAAGGUUUAGAUCAUCGGUUAACGACACAACAAGUUCCAAUUUCAUAACCAAACGAAUCCGAGAGAGAAAAAUAACAACAAAGAAAAUGUACUUGUAAAUGCGAUCAUUAAGAAAGACAAAGGCAGUGUUUGUGCAUCUGGAUAAGAAUAAGUUUCAAUUCGGAAGCGACACGGGAACAAAUAUGUGCACGUUUUAAUGAAACAAAUGGCGUGAUAAAAUUGUAAAUAAAAAAAAUAGCAACCAACAACAUCGAAUAAAAAAUAAAAAGAAUUCUUAUAAAAUUAGUGGCAACAGCAGUGUAGUUUGUGUAGAAAAAUUUAAAUUGAAAAAGUAAGAAAUUUGAUGCAAAAGAUGAUGUAUCGACCAAAUUUUUAUGAAUCCACUUGUUUGCGAUGCAAUGAAAUUGUCUAUCAAGUGGAUCGCGUUGGCCCACUCAAAGAUUUUACCUUUUUCCAUUCGGGAUGCUUUAAAUGCGUUAGCUGUGGCACCAAAUUAACACUUAAAACAUAUUACAAUAAUCAACACAAACAGGAAGAUAAAGAGGUUUACUGUAGUUCACAUGUACCAAAAAGUGGGCCAGGACACUUUGAUCAGACGUCUGUUGGUAUUCGUCAAGCAUUGAAUGCACCGAAGUCAAAUAAACCAGUAAAUGAACAGAUUCGGGGCGGAUCAAGAGACAUUGACUUGCAACGUCAAAUCACACCAAAUGGCUAUCAUAACAAUAGGGAUAUUAGUUCACCAUCACAUAAUGACAGUGAUUACAAAUAUGGUCGUUUCGAUGCUAGCGCCUUACACAUUGCCCAUGCACUUAAACAGACCGAAAUCCAAAAGGCAUACAAUAAACGGCGCGAAAAGCCCAUCGAUUAUUACCUGGAUCGCGAGGAACAGGCUCGUUUGGAGAUGAAGCAUCGAAAAGAGGAAGAUGAUUUAUACAGAAAAUUUGCACGCAAAAGAGAAGAUGAAGAACGAAAGAUAACCAGUGAAAUGCAAGAUGAAUGGGAACGUGAAUUGGAACGAUUGACUCAUAAAUUUGAAAAAGAAUUGGCCACAUCACGUCGAAAUCGUGAAGAUCAAAACAUUUUAACGCUGCGACACGAACAACAAAAAGAAGACUUGGAAAAGAAUAUGACAUUGCGUAAAACGAAAAAGAAAGAAAGUCUUACACGUAAAAUGCUCGAACACGAACGAUCGGAAACGGCCGCACUGGUCGAUCGACAAUCGAGCGAAAUGUUGGAAUUGAUUAGUGCACGGCGCAGUGAAUUCAUGCAAAAUGAAAGCAUAUUCUUGGAUGAUGAAUUUAACGAAACUACUCAACCGUUAAUGAGCUAUCCAAGUGUGGCGCCACAACCACAACCACCAGCUGUCAGUAAAUUCCAAAUCUAUACCGAUCCCAUUGAAUUUGAAGAAGUUGAUCGGAUUGCGAUAUCGGUGGCACAAGAAGAUCAAAAAACAUUCACCGAUUUGGUGCGACAAUUGGUCGGACGAUGCACAUCCGAUAUUGAAAAGGCACGAACCAUUUUCCGUUGGAUCACGGUGAAAAAUUUGAACACAAUGCACUUUGACGAUGAUUUAAGAGGCGAUACACCAAUGGGUCUUUUGCGUGGCAUCAAAUUUGGCACAGAAAGUUACCACGUUCUAUUCAAACGAUUGUGCAGUUAUGCCGGUUUACAUUGUGUGGUAAUCAAAGGAUAUUCAAAGAGUGCUGGCUAUCAACCGGGCAUUAAAUUCCAUGAUUCACGUUUUCGAAAUUCAUGGAAUGCGGUUUAUGUGGCGGGCGCAUGGCGUUUUGUCCAAUGCAAUUGGGGUGCACGUCAUUUAGUCAAUGCAAAAGAAGCACCAAAAUCGGGUCGCGGUAAAAAUGAUAGUUUACGCUAUGAAUACGAUGAUCAUUAUUUCUUAACCGAUCCACGUGAAUUCAUUUACGAAUUCUAUCCAUUACAAAAGGAAUGGCAACUAUUGAAACGUCCAAUCACAUUGACCGAAUUUGAAAAUUUACCAUUUGUUCGAUCGUUAUUCUUUCGCUAUGGUUUGCAUUUUGCUGAUGAAGGCUAUGGCUCAGUUGUUUAUACGGAUGAUACGGGAGCGGCAACAGUACAAAUUGCAAUGCCAAGUGAUAUGCAAGGCUGUCUGAUAUUCCAUUACAAUUUGAAAUUUUAUGACAGUGAUGAAGAUUCAUACGAUGCCGUUUCGCUCAAGCGUUUUGUCAUGCAAUCGGUCAUUGGGAACAUUGUUACGUUCCGUGUGCACGCACCAUGCUCUGGUUCAUUUUUGCUUGACAUUUUUGCAAAUGCAGUCACACCACAAGAAUAUCUAACCGGUGAACCAAUGAAAUUUAAAUCGGUUUGUAAAUUCAAGAUUUGCUGCGAUGAAUUACAAACUGUUAUGGUACCAUUGCCAGACUGUGCUAGUGGUGAAUGGGGACCGACAAAAGCAACCCGACUCUUUGGACUCAUUCCAAUUACACAUCAAGGCCCAUUGAUAUUUGCCGGUCGCAUUAUCGAACUUCAAUUCCGAAUGUCACGUCCGUUAACCGAUUUCAUGGCAACAUUGCAUAAAAAUGGAAUCGAAGAGAAAAAACUCUCAAAAUAUGUAACACACAAUGUACUCGACGACAUUGUUACAUUUAGCAUCAAUUUUCCCGAAGAAGGACAAUACGGAUUGGAUAUCUAUACCCGCGAGGUUGGCAGUCAUUCUCAUCACAAUAAUCAUUCAUCUAGUGAAAAGCACUUGUUAACACAUUGUUGUAAAUACCUAAUCAAUUCAUCGAAACGCAACUGAGCACCGACUCUCUCGCUCGAGAUUAAAAUUAUUUGUUUUUUUUUUUUUCAUUUGCGUUUAUUUUGUAUAGUAUAUAGUUAAAUUUGUUUAUUAUUUUUUUUUCUUUACAAGUUUUUCUUUUCAUUAAUAACCUGUCGAAUAAUUCAUUUGAUUUGUACGUAUUUAAAUCGCUUUACUUAACGUUAAUUGAUGAUAUAUAUGAAGAGUGUAGCUGAAUAAUAUUAAUUGGAAACAAAACAAAAUCAUAAAAAAUUCGAAAAGGAAAUGUUUGGAAUGAACGAGAUAUGCAGUGAAUAGGCCGUCAGUUUGUGCAUCAAAACAAUUGAAUAAAAGUAGUUCGAAUAGAUCUAUGCAUCGAAUCUAUUUGCUUAAGAAUAACACGCAUACAUAGGUUAGUCACGAAAAUAAUUCAUAGUUUAUUCACAAUCACACCAAAAAAAUACAAAUUUAAAGAGAGAGAAAAAAAAAUAGUUAAUCAAAGAGCACAAUAGCUUAACAUUGACAUCAUAUUUACAACAAAAUAUAUUUAUCACAGACAUCUAGUACAAAACUGAUGAUAUUCUUUUUCGAUUCACAUGAGAGAUGUAUUUGUAUGGGUGAGACGUAAAUUAAAUCGACAGUUUUCGAUUGAAAUACAUUGCCUGAGAAUGAAAAUGAAACUUUGCCCUUCAGGUCUCACCUAUUCCGUGAACAAUUGUAGGUGGUAAGAUUCUAUGCAACAGAAGUCAUUUUUGGCCGAGUCAAUAUGGCUUCUCACCCAAUACAUUCUUUUCAUACUAAAACAAUUGACAUAAUCAAUUCAAACGAUAUAAUCAGGAUCUAAUAACAUUCAAUUGAAUACAUUCCACUAUAAUUAAAUAUACCAAUGCAUACCUAUACAUAUAUAUAUCUUGUAGAAAACAACUCAGACAUAACAUUGUAACUCAUUCCAUUUCGUAAUUCGAUUCACAUCCGAAUCCAUUCUAAUCAUUUGCAAUAAAAUUCAAAAUGAUGGAAUUCCAAAUGUUGCAAAAUCAAUGCAUUGUAAAUAUAAAAAAAACUUUUUUGAAAUGACAACUGAAAAUAAAA